UGCCAGAAAUUCAGGCAGAAGUGAGAAAUGUUUCAGGCCCAAACCUCUCUCUCUCUCCAAAGUAAUGACUGAUAUGCCUCUCUCUCCCAGCAGUUGGGAGGCAGUUCGUUUUGUAGAGCGGGGCUAGCCGUUGGCCUUUCCCUACGGUCUCGACCAAGGGAAAUUUCAAAAUUAUUUUUAUUUCAUUUCCGCUAAUUGCCUCCUGAACCUUUUCAAAGAAGUCGACCUUGCAAGUAACAGUUUAAAUUUGGGUGCUCCAGGACCACUACUACUGUGCCAAGAAGGUCAUGCCAUGGACGUCCUCUCCGGCAAGAAGAAGCCGCUGUGCGGAAUUUGCAACGUGAAGGAGUUUCGUUAUACAUGUCCAAAAUGCAACGUACCGUACUGCUCCGUGGACUGUUACAAGAAUGAGUCGCAUCUCAACUGCUCUGAAGAGUUCUAUAAAGAGUGUGUGAUGAAACAGUUAGCAGCACAUCGAGCCGAGACAAGUGCGAGUGGCGGUGACGCGGAUCUUCUGUCCUAUCUCAAGACGGAGCUGGCGAAGCGAGAAGAAGAUGCUUCCUUGUUUGAUGGGGAUGAUCAGUCUGCGGCUGCUGUUCCUCCCAUGGACGCUGAUGGGGAUGAUGAUGAUGAGGAGGAAGAGGAUGAUCUACCACUGGAUGAGCGUCUUGCAAACGUCAAUCUCGACACGGCUGAUCCGGAGACUAUAUUACAGUGCUUGACAUCGACAGAGAGAGAGGAAUUUGAAAGUAUCCUCCAAGAUCCCGGCAAGCAAGCCGCCCUCGUCUCGUUAUGGACACCGUGGUGGCAGCAACAAACAAAGACCCCUACGCUUCCGAAGACUUCAAGCCCAGGCAGUAAUUGUCUGACUGCUGACCAGUUUUCCUCUCUACCACACUUAUCACAAUUAAGCAAGGUGAACCCAUCCGACUUACUGCCCUGCAAUUUGGCUAACAUACUUAUGGCGUACUGCUGUUCACUGCGCCUCUACAAUGGUGAUCUUGACGUUGACUGUGUAUUGGAAGUAUGUUCCGUCCUCUCUAGGAAUGCUGUGUUCGACACGGUGGAGGAUGCCAUUGUCAACGCUAUCUCCACGUGUACUCAGUCGUGUAGACUGUCACUAUCACUAGGUUUCUGCUCCACUGUUGCACACGACGUGCUGUGUAUCCUUACGGCGGCCAAACGGCCAGUGGCGGAACUCGACGUCAUCUCAGCACCGCUCUACGCUCUGGCACACUUGUACAAUGCAUUGCUCGUGGAGCGUGACACAGCCAAGGCUGACUGGCGCAAAUGUCCAAAGUCUGAUGAUACCCGCAGUAAAGAUCUCAAGUCGCGUUAUGAUCGGUUACGUCGUAUUCCUGACAAGCUCUACUUCAGCCUAGUGUGGGCCAAGUCAUCGUAUCGUGACUGGCGCUUGCUCUCAGACAGUGUACAAGCACAGGCAGAUGAUUUAGCAAUGCGUGUUGCUGAGGCUGAGGAGCAGAAAGGACUAGCCACCGCCAGCAGGCAUUUUGCUCAGGAAUCCAGUCGUCGCGGAGGAAAUCAGACACCCGCGAAUACAUCAACACCUGUUCUCAUUCAAGAAACCGGUCAGGAUUCCACAAACUGACCCUUAAAUUCACCAAACCCAGCAGAUUGUUCCAAAAACCAGGCCAAGUUCACAAGUUGACCCACCUGUCUUUAUUCAAGAAACCAGCCUGAACGCAAGAAACCAGCCUGAACGCAAGAAACCAGCCUGAACGCAAGAAACCAGCCCAAACUCUAGAAACUGGCCUGAAUUCAAGAAACCAGCCUGAAUGCAAGAAACCAGCCCAAACUCUAGAAACCAGCUUGAAUGCAAGAAACCGGCCUAAACUUCAGACAACUAGCCUUAGUUACCUGCAAACUCCAUGCUCAUAUCAACCACAGACCACUCCAUAAGAAUCUUUUCUUGAGUGUUGAUAAUAAUAAUACUCAUUCUGUAUGCAUUGCCAGAAAAGAAAACUUUGCAUGAAAAAGCAAACACAUGAAUACUGUACAAACUUCCUGGUAGUUUGUCAAACCUUUCUUGGACUGCUCAUUUUAGCUUUGGCAAUUUGAACAUCAUAAUAAUGAUAAUUAGGGGUACAAGUAUAUUAAAAAUAUGCUGCAAAUUAUAAGAAAAAAGCCUGGGCAUAAGUAAAAUUUAAAACUUGACAAACAAUUUUACUGAUUUUUAGGCAGUGAAAAUUUGCAUUAUAGGGUUUUCAGUUUCAAAACUUGAAAUUUUCAUCAAGAAUCUUUGCAAAUGUAUAUGAAUAGUCCAUGAAAUUCAAUACGUAUGACAUCAAAAUCCUA